GGUUCGCUGAGCCUGGGGGAGCUGGAGUCCUGCAAAGAAGUGUAAAACCUCAAGGUUCUCAACACUGUCAGGAAUGGUCCUGCUGUAAAGUCUUUGGAAAGGAUUUUUCCAAGGACAGCUACGGAGAUGAUUGAUGUAAAAGCCUGGGCAGAGUAUGUUGUGGAGUGGGCUGCAAAGGAUCCAUAUGGCUUCCUUACUACAGUGAUUUUGGCUCUGACUCCUCUUUUUCUAGCAAGUGCAGUACUGUCUUGGAAACUGGCAAAAAUGAUUGAGGCCAGAGAAAAGGAGCAGAAGAAGAAACAGAGACGUCAAGAAAACAUUGCAAAAGCGAAACGGCUAAAGAAAGAUUGAGAGAAAAAUCAGGUUAAGAAGAAAACCUUCUGUGAAAGAUUCUACAGUUAGAGAAAAAUCAUUCAACAUUAUGCAGUUUUCAAAGAAACACUAGGGUGCUUUUGUUGUAUUUUAUAACAGUGUUAUCUUAUUCAACUAAAUUUGGUCAUGUGAGAAAAUUUAAACUCUAACCUCAAUACUUUAACUAGUAAUUUUUUCAGCUUGGGUACAGAAGUUUGUUGGUGCCUGUCAGCUACUGUAUAAAUGAACAUUUGUACUGCAAAUUCUUUAUAACUCUGCCAUUGCUUUUUGGUAGCCCAUGCUCUAAAGUGAAUCUUAUGUUAGGAAUGAAAAUGAUUUAAGAAUGUGAAUUAUUGUCUCAUAAUACCUUAAGUUUGGGAUCUUGUUUGUGGACAAAGAUUUGGAAUAUAGAAAAUCAAAAUUUUUUUCUCUACUGGGGGGAUGAGAAAUGUAUUUUUCAGGUUUUUUUUUAAACCACUGUUUUUGUGACACUUCAAUAGAUUUAUGAUUCAUUGGGGUGUGUACUUGCUCUACCAGUAUAGUUCACAUCCCUUGCAUGUUUUCCUCAUCCUCUGCAAUGAUUGUUGAUGUCAUUCCAUAAUUCUUUCAGAGGAGCCACCCAGUGGGCUAGCUGACUUCCUCUAGUUCUUUUUUUUUUUUAAACCCUUGUACUU